UCCGGACCUUGUCGACAAUACACCUGUUUUUUGACAGGUACACGGCCGUCAGACUGUUAUGUAGGUUUAAAUACAGCACGACAAGUGUAAGCAUUUAAAAUACUAUCUAGUUGACAUUGUCGCACUUUGGUCGCGAUCAUUAGAGGAUAAAUACGUUCGUCGGAUUUGACAGGCUCAUUUACCGACGUUGCUACUGAAAGACAGCGUUCGAACGCACCUGUGAACGAUGCCUCACUGGGGAUACACGGAGAAAAAUGGUCCCUCUACUUGGAACAAGGAUUUCCCGAUUGCCGAUGGCAGCCGACAGUCGCCGAUCGACAUCGUGACGUCAGAGGCGGUGUACGACACUGAUCUGCUGUCCAGCAAGCGCCUCUACGUUGACUAUAUACCGGAAGACGACGUCCAACUGCAAAACAACGGACACAGCGUCAUGUGUCAGAUCACCAAGAUUGGAUAUUUGAAAGGCGGUCCCCUGGGCAACCAGCACUUCCGCUUAGAGCAGUUCCACCUGCACUGGGGAGCAGACGACAACCGGGGAUCGGAGCAUACGAUUGACGGGAAGAUGUUCGCAGCCGAGCUUCACUUGGUGCACUGGAACACGAAGUACGGCACCUUCGCCGAGGCUGUAACCAAGAGUGACGGACUGGCCGUCCUCGGAGUCAUGAUAAAGCCCGGCCAUAAGCACCGCGGCUUUUCAGCAGUAUCGGACAACUUGAACGAGUUGAGCACAUCCGGUAGCAAGGCCAGCUUCCCCAUUUCAUUCGACCCCACCAGCCUGUUGCCAGACAACAUCAGCGCCUACUGGACGUACGAGGGCUCCCUCACCACCCCGCCCCUGUUUGAAAGUGUUCAAUGGAUUGUCUUCAAGGAACCCGUGGAAUUCUCUGAUCAACAGCUGAACGCUCUACGCAGACUCACUAGUUCCGACGGCCAUGACAUGCAGGACAACUAUCGACCACCCGUGCCAACUAAAGGGAGAAAAGUCAGGUCCACUUUUCGAUUGUCUGAACAACGAGUAUUGUCUGAACAACGGCAAGUGUCUGAACGGAAGCCUAAACCCGCCCACUGGGGUUACACAGGGAACAACGGUCCCUCCACAUGGAACAAGGAUUUCCCUAUCGCCGAAGGCAGUCGACAGUCCCCAAUCGACAUCGUGACAUCAGAGGCGGUGUGCGACAUUGGCCUUAUGGCCAGCCAUCCCCUCAGCGUCGACUACACACCGGAAGACGAGACACAACUGCAGAACAACGGGCACAGCGUCAUGUGUCAGAUUACAAAAGCCGGAUAUUUGACGGGCGGUCCUCUCGGCAAGCAGCAGUUCCGUCUGGAGCAGUUCCAUCUGCACUGGGGAGCAGACGACAAUCGGGGAUCGGAGCAUACGAUUGACGGGAAGAUGUUCGCAUCCGAGCUUCACUUGGUGCACUGGAACACGAAGUACGGCACCUUCGCUGAAGCUGUAACCAAGAGUGACGGACUGGCCGUCCUCGGAGUCAUGAUCAAGCCCGGUCUGAAUCACCGCGGCUUCUCCGCAGUGUCGGAAAACUUGAGCAGCUUAAAAAAGCCCGGCAGCAAAGCCUCCUUCCCUAUCUCCCUUGACCCAACCAGCUUGUUGCCAGACAACAUCAGCGCCUACUGGACCUACGAGGGCUCCCUCACCACACCGCCCCUGUUUGAAAGUGUUCAGUGGAUUGUCUUCAAAGAACCCGUAGAAUUCUCGAAUCAGCAGUUAAACACUCUUCGCAGUCUCACUAGUUCCGACGGUGAUCACAUGCAGGACAAUUACCGACCAACCGUGCCAACUAAAGGAAGAAAAGUCAGGUCAACCUUUCAAUUGCCUGAACAACAGCUCUUGCCUGAAAAACAUCAAGUGUCUGAACAGAAGCCUAAAACCGCACACUGGGGAUACACAGAGACAAAUGGUCCCUCCACUUGGAACAAGGAUUUCCCGAUUGCCGGAGGCAGCCGACAGUCGCCGAUCAAUAUCGUGACGUCAGAGGCGGUGUGCGACAUUAGCCUAGUGGCUAGCAUUCCCCUGAGUGUCGACUACACACCGGAAGAUGAGACACAAUUGUCGAACAACGGACACAGCGUCAUGUGUCAGAUCACCAAGACCGGGUAUUUGACGGGCGGUCCUCUUGGCAAGCAGCAGUUCCGCCUAGAGCAGUUUCACCUGCACUGGGGAGCAGACGACCACCGGGGAUCGGAGCAUACGAUUGACGGGAAAAUGUUCGCAUCCGAGCUUCACUUGGUGCACUGGAAUACGAAGUACGGCACCUUCGCUGAGGCUGUAACAAAGAGUGACGGACUGGCCGUCCUCGGAGUCAUGAUCAAGCCCGGCCUUACUCACCGCGGCUUCUGCGCCGUGUCGGACAACGUGAGCAGCUUGAGAACGCCCGGCAGCAAGGCAACUUUCCCCAUCUCCCUUGACCCCACCAGCUUGUUGCCAGACAACAUCAGCGCCUACUGGACCUACGAGGGCUCCCUCACCACACCGCCCCUGUUUGAAAGUGUUCAAUGGAUAGUCUUUAAAGAACCCGUGGAAUUCUCUGAUCAUCAGUUAAACGCUCUUCGCAGUCUCACGAGUUCCGACGGUCAUUACAUGCAUGACAAUUACCGACCCCCCGUGCCAACUAAAGGAAGAAAAGUCAGGGCAACCUUUCAAUUGUCUGAACAACGACAAGUGUCUGAACAGAAGCCUAAAGCCGCUCACUGGGGAUACACAGAGACAAAUGGUCCCUCCACUUGGAAUGAGGAUUUCCCGAUUGCCGAAGGCAGCAGACAGUCGCCGAUCGACAUCGUGACGUCAGAGGCGGUGUGCGACAUUGGCCUUAUGGCAAGCAAUCCCCUGAGCGUUGACUACACACCGGAAGAUGAGGCACAUUUGUCGAACAACGGACACAGCGUCAUGUGUCAGAUCACCAAGACCGGAUACAUGACGGGCGGUCCUCUCGGCAAGCAGCAGUUCCGCCUGGAGCAGUUCCACCUGCACUGGGGAGCAGACGACAACCGGGGAUCGGAGCAUACGAUUGACGGGAAGAUGUUCGCAUCCGAGCUUCACUUGGUGCACUGGAACACGAAGUACGGCACCUUCGCUGAGGCUGUAACAAAGAGUGACGGACUGGCAGUACUCGGAGUCAUGAUCAAGCCCGGUCUCACUCAUCGCGGCUUCUCCGCCGUGUCAGACAACCUGAGCAGCUUGAGAACGCCCGGCAGCAAAGCCACUUUCCCUAUCUCCCUCGACCCCGCUAGUCUUUUACCUGUCAACAUCAGCGCCUACUGGACCUACGAGGGCUCUCUCACUACCCCGCCCCUGUUUGAAAGUGUUCAAUGGAUAGUCUUUAAGGAACCCGUGGAAUUCUCUCAUCAACAGCUGAAUGCUCUGCGCGGUCUCACUAGUUCCGACGGCCAUCACAUGCAGGACAAUUACCGACCACCCGUACCAACUAAAGGGAGAAAAGUCAGGUCAACCUUUCAAUUGCCGGAACAACGGCUGUUGCCAGGAAAACAGAAGGUGUCUGAACAGAAGCCUAAAGCCGCUCACUGGGGAUACACAGAGACAAAUGGUCCCUCUACCUGGAACAAGGAUUUCCCGAUUGCUGAAGGGAUUCGACAGUCGCCGAUCGACAUCGUGACGUCAGAAGCGGUGUGCGACAUUGGUCUUACAGCCAGCGAACCCCUCAGCGUCGACUACACACCGGAAGACGAGACACAACUGCAAAACAACGGACACAGUGUCAUGUGUCAGAUCACAAAGACCGGAUAUUUGACCGGCGGUCCUCUUGGCAAGCAGCAGUUCCGCCUGGAGCAGUUCCACCUGCACUGGGGAGCAGACGACAACCGGGGAUCGGAGCAUACGAUUGACGGGAAGAUGUUCGCAUCCGAGCUUCACUUGGUGCACUGGAACACGAAGUACGGCACCUUCGCUGAGGCUGUAACCAAGAGUGACGGACUGGCUGUUCUCGGAGUCAUGAUCAAGCCCGGCCUCAAUCACCGCGGCUUCUCCGCAGUGUCGGACAACGUCAGCAGCUUGAGAACGCCCGGCAGCAAGGCCAUCUUCCCCAUCUCCCUCGACCCCACCAGCUUGUUGCCAGACAACAUCAGCGCCUACUGGACGUACGAGGGCUCUCUCACUACCCCGCCCCUGUUUGAAAGUGUUCAGUGGAUUGUCUUCAAGGAACCCGUGGAAUUCUCUGAUCAACAGCUGAACGCUCUGCGCAGUCUCACUAGUUCCGACGGCCAUCACAUGCAAGACAAUUACCGACCACCCGUACCAACUAAAGGGAGAAAAGUCAGGGCCACCUUUCAAUUGCCUGCACAACGUCAAUUGUCUGAACAGAAGCCUAAAACCGCUCACUGGGGAUACACAGAGACCAAUGGUCCCUCAACUUGGAACAAUAAUUUCCCCAUCGCCGAAGGCAGUCGACAGUCGCCGAUCGACAUCGUGACGUCAGAGGCGGUGUGCGACUUAGAUCUUCUGGUCAGGAAUCCGCUUAGUGUCAAGUACACACCGGAAGACGAGACACAACUGUCGAACAAUGGGCACAGCGUCAUGUGUCAGAUUACCAAGACAGGAUAUUUGACCGGCGGUCCUCUUGGCAAGCAGCAGUUCCGCCUGGAGCAGUUCCACCUGCACUGGGGAGCAGACGACAACCGGGGAUCGGAGCAUACGAUUGACGGGAAGACGUUCGCAUCCGAGCUGCACUUGGUGCACUGGAACACGAAGUACGACACUUUCGGUGAAGCUGUAACGAAGAGUGACGGACUGGCCGUCCUCGGAGUCAUGAUCAAGCCCGGCCUAAAUCACCGCGGUUUCUCCGCCGUGUCUAACAAUUUGAGCAGCUUGAGAACGCCCGGCAGCAAGGCAACUUUCCCCAUCUCCCUCAACCCAACCAGCUUGUUGCCAGACAACAUCAGCGCCUAUUGGACCUACGAGGGCUCCCUCACUACCCCGCCCCUGUUUGAAAGUGUUCAAUGGAUCGUCUUCAAGGAACCCGUGGAGUUCUCUCAUCAACAGCUGACCGCUCUUCGCAGUCUCACUAGUUCCGACGGCCAUCACAUGCACAACAACUACCGACCACCCGUGCCUACUAAAGGGAGAAAAGUCAGGUCAACCUUUCAAUUGCCUGAACAAAAGGUUGUGCCUGAAAAACGACAAGUGUCUGAACAGAAACCUAAAACCACUCCCUGGGGAUACACAGCGACAAAUGGUCCCUCCACGUGGAACAAGGAUUUCCCUAUCGCCGAAGGCAGUCGACAGUCGCCGAUCAACAUCGUGACGUCAGAAGCGGUGUGCGACUUUCGUCUUAUGAACAGCACACCCCUCAGCGUCGACUACAAAAUGGAAGACGAGAUACAACUGCAGAACAAUGGGCACAGCGUCAUGUGUCAGAUAACCAAGACGGGAUAUUUAACGGGCGGUCCUCUUGGCAAGCAGCAGUUUCGCCUGGAGCAGUUCCACCUGCACUGGGGAGCAGACGACAACCAGGGAUCGGAGCAUACGAUUGACGGGAAGAUGUUCGCAUCCGAGCUUCACUUGGUGCACUGGAACACGAAGUACGGCACCUUCGCUGAGGCUGUAACCAAGAGUGACGGACUGGCCGUCCUCGGAGUCAUGAUCAAGUCCGGCCUCAAUCACCACCGCGGUUUCUCCGCAGUGUCUGACAACUUGGGCAAAUUGAAAAAGCCCGGAAGCAAAGCCACCUUCCCUAUACCCAUCGACCCCAAGAGCUUGUUACCAGUCAACAUCAGCGCUUACUGGACCUACGAGGGCUCCCUAACCACCCCGCCUCUGUUUGAAAGUGUUCAGUGGAUUGUCUUCAAUGACCCAGUGGAAUUCUCUGAGCAUCAGCUCAAAGCCCUCCGAAGUCUCACUAGUUCCGACGGCCAUCACAUGCAGAACAACUACCGACCCCCCGUGCCAACUAAAGGGAGGAAUGUCAGGGCUACUUUCCAACGUUUCUAAAUUACCUCCAUUACCAUACAGUAUUAAAUGCAUAAAAAGCGGUAACACGAAUGUACUAUCCGAAAACGCAUGAUAUCGUAUGUUAACGCGCAAUGUCAAUAACAAUCAGGUCCAACUAGUUGUACAAUAUGUUGUGUACACUGCUCAAAUGCAUUUUCCAUACAUUAUACUUUACAUUUUAUUAUGACAUAGUGUUUUCACGUGUAAUAGUAUUCAUUUUUUAUACUUCGAAAGAAACUUAGCGUGGGACGCUGUAACUUUUUUUUAAGUUAACAAAUUACAUCUUUAAAGAAUGCUCGCAGAUAUAGAAUAAUUGAUAUGUGCACCUAUAUCAUGUUAGGAUGGUAUUGUGUUCUUUCCCACUGACUUACAGCAUUACACGGACUGGAUUUAACCAGUUUCAGCCUUUUGGUUUCCGGUAUGUGGAAUUUUGCACAUAAGCAUAUCUGCUGUCAUGAUUUGUGUAUUCAGAAAUGUGUAUUGUCUUUUUUUUAAGCUCAGCUGUUUUCGGAGAAAACCCGGGGUAUUGUCAUAGCCAGCUCGUCGUCCGCCGUCAGCCGUGCUAAAACCUUAACAUAGGCUCUAAAGUCAAAGUGCUUCCACCUACAACUUUGAAACUUCAUAUGAAGAUGCACCUUGAUGAGUUCUACACGCCACACCCAUUUUUGGGUCACUAGGUCAAAGGUCAAGUUCACUGUGACAUCUAAUAUAAAACUUCAACAUAUGCUAUAAAAUCAAAGUGCUACCACCUACAACUUUGAAACUUCAUAUGUAGAUGCACCUUGAUGAGUUCUACACGCCACACCCAUUUUUGGGUCACUAGGUCAAAGGUCAAGGUCACUGUGACCUCUAAAAAAAAUUCUGACAAGCUUUCGCAGCCGAGCGUGGCACCCGUUAUGCGGUGCUCUUGUUAUGUUUGUUACUGUCUUAAUUAAAUGUUUGUUUACAAUCAAGACUAGAUUUAUAGAAUAAAUUUACGUAUCAGAUUUUGAUAUUUAAAUGUAGUAUUAAGUAUUUAACUUAUUGUUGUGUUUUCGUCUUUUCAUAAUUGUAUAUUCCUCAUCAUGUAGAUAUGCACAUAGAUGUUUUUUUUGAAUGCUUGUUUAUAAUCAAGACGAGAUUUAUAAAAUACAUUUUAUACAAGUU